AGCUGUCAUGAUUUCGUGGGCAGCAAGCAGCAAAAGGCCACGUGUCAAUAAGUGAGAAAGUAUCCGUUGGAACCUGUUAUAUAAACCUGUACCUGCAUUUGCUCUGUCUUCACUUUCUCUCCUCUACCUGCAAAUCAUUUAUUUGUUUCUCUUGAAUUUCUUUGUUUCUUCACUCUCUCUCUCUCUUUCUCUCUGUUCAACAAAUUUCUCUUCUCUGAUCAAACUUUCCGCUGAAUUAAGCCCUAAGAUCGAGACCCACAUCGAUCAAAAACCCUAAUCGAGAUCGACCCUAAGAUCGAUCAAAAACCCUAAUCGAGAUCGAUCAAUCAUGAAGCGGAAGCGGGCCUUUACUAUGGCAUCGUCAUGGUCGUCUACCGUGAAACCCUCGCGCGUUCCUGAAGAAGAAUCAGUCCGGUGUUGGGAGAGCAAAACGGCGUCGUCAAACAGAACCCGACCCCAAAUCCAAUCCAGAUCAAGAAGAGGAUCGAAAACAAGAAACAUCAAUGAUGUCUUAAAAGAUGAAAGAUCCAAGAUUUCUGGGAUCAACCGGAUUUUGGGGACACCCAUUCCCGUGAGGAAUAACCUGACAUGGAGGCUUUUGAAAUCUCACAUGCGAAUUGAAUCUUUUUACUGCACCAAGCUCCACUCCGCUCUCAAUGCCAUCCACGAGUGUUUCGAGCCUUCCAAAGACCCCUACACCAACAGAGACAUUGCUGAGGACAUUGUCUUCGACUUGGAAUCCGAUUCCGAGUUGAAUUUGAGAGGGUUUUACACUGUGGUUUUGGAGAGGAGAGAUGAUGAUGAUGGUCAUCAGGAGAUGAUCGGUGCCGCCACGGUGAGGAUCAAUAAGGGAGUUGCUGAAGUGCCACUCGUGGCGACUAGGCCUCAGUUUAGGAGACUUGGGAUGUGCAGGAUUUUGAUGAAUGAGCUCGAAAAUCGGCUCAUGGAAUUCGGCAUUGAGAGCGCCUCGUUUUGGUCACCUUCUGGGUUCCUCUUUGGCUGUUUGAGUCAAAACUCCAACUCCUCUUUUCUCAGUAGAUAUGAGAUUUUCUUGUGUUUUUUGUUUUAUUUUUAUUCUUGAAAUUUUAGUAUUCAAUAAUGUCUCUGAAAUUCCCCUGUUUACUUUUCUAACUUUUUAUGAUUUUCUGUUUUGCAGAUAGUAUAACCUGAUAUCUGCUUUGGCCGAAUGUGUUCAUGAAUCUUUGUAGAAUUAACAUUCACAAUGGUAGGGAUGUUGCAUAUAUGUUCCAUUGAACCCAUUUUUUGAACAAGAAUGUGUGCAAAUCCUUUUUCUCUUCCUUAGACACUCGAAUUUGAGAUAUUUUGUGACAUGCCAACGUUCAUGCUUAAUGCUGCAUUACUUUUACAUUACUUUCACAAUAGAAACCUUUGUUUUCGCAAGUUGAUAAGCUGUAGUUCAUUUCGGCUAAAUUGAUGUCUAUUAUAGUCAAUCCCUUUGUUAGUUAGAAGCAGGUGACUUGUUAAAGGUUCAAUUGGUUGCAGAUAGUGUAACCUGAUAUCUGUUUUGGCGGAAUGUGUUCAUGAGUCUUUGUACAAUUUACAUUCACAAUGGUAAGGAUGUUGCAAAUAUGUUUUACUGAACCCAGAUCUUGAAUAAGAAUGUUUGCAAAUCAUUUUUAUGUUCGUUAGACACUUGGAUUUGAGAUAUUUUGUGAGAUGUCAACAUGCUGCAUUACUUUUACAUCACUUUCUGAUAUAGACCAUUGACACAGGACUACCUUAGGUUCUGUUAUUGAAAACUAGCUAGUUGGUAAGAGUUUGCUUUACAUCUUAUUAUUCAAAACAGCACUUACUACAAAACAAUAGGAACCUCUGUUUUCACAAGUUGAUAAGCUGUGGUUCGUUUCGGCUAAAUACAUCAAUCCCUUUGGUUCUUUGAGUCAAAGUCCAACUCCACUUUUCUCAUUAGAUGAGAGUUUUUUUUUUCUUUUUUUUCCCUUGAAAGUUUAGUACUCAAUAAUUGCUUUGAAAUUCCUGUUACUUUUCUAACUUUUCAUGAUUUUGUGUUUUGCAGAUAGUGUAACAUGAUAUCUCUUUUGGCAGAAUGUGAUCAUGAAGUCUUUGUAGAAUUGACACUCACAAUGGUAGGCAUGUUGCGUAUAUGUUCCAUUGAACCCAUAUUUUGAACAAGAAUGUGAGCAAGUCCUUUUUAUGUUCAUUGGACACUCGGAUUUGAGAUAUUUUGUGACAUGCCACCGUUCAUGCUUAAUGCUGCAUUACUUUCACAUCAUUUCUGAUAGACUAUUGACACAGUACUACCUUAGGUUCACUUACCAAAAGCUAGUCGGUAAGAGUCUGCUUUACAUCUUAGUACUUAAAACAGCACUUACUAGAAAACAAUAGAAACCUUUGUUUUCACAAAUUGAUAAGCUGUAGUUCGUUUCGGUUAAAUAGAUCAAUCCCUUUGGUUCUUUGAGUCAAAAGUCCAACUCUUUUAUUAGUAGAUAUGAGAUUUUCUAGUGAAUUUUAGUGUUUUUUUUUCUUGAAAGUUCAGUGCUCAAUAAUUCCUCUGAAUUUGCCCUGUUUAGUGUUUGGACUCCUUAGUGUUUUAGAUUUCCUCUUUAUAUAGUAAAUCCAAAACAAGAAAACAAAAGGUCCAUUUGGUGGAUUUUACUAAUGAUGUUACGUGAUGCUACUGACAUGGUGAUUGCAAUCAUGUAUUUACUUUACCUGUUUAAGGGCAUGUUCAUUUGAGUAAGUGCAUGCCCUUAUUUCAGCGUGCACCCAGUCAAAGAAACACCAAUAAUGUUGCUACUGUCAUCAUAGGAGUAUUAAGUCUGUCCAUUGUAGAUUUUGAGCCCUUGUUGUCAUUUGUGUUGUCAGAAUGUGCAAAAGUGAAUUGGUAGGCGUUUUGUAAGUGACCUCUGAAAGUUAAGAAAUUAUUGAGUAAAUAGUGAUACAUGAGUUCUUGAAAAUCAUAUGUUCAAAUAAUGUUACCCGGGCUCCUAUCUUGAGCAUAUUCAGUGCACCAAUUCAGAUAUUGAGGUAUAUAUUCUUUGUUAAUCUGCAGGAAUUGACUCCUAAUAACUUGAAGAAAGUCAGCAUCAUAGGUAUGUCCUGAAUUUAGAAUACUGUAAACUUCAGAUCUUUUGGUUCCUAAGCAUUCUGUCCUUUAUUUUCAUCGAGUUUGCCACCCGCAUUUUAUGAGUGAAGCUAUCAUGUCCAAAUUUGUUGUGUAGCUUGUGAAGAGAAGGGAUGUAAUAAUGCAGGAUCAUGGGAAGCAACUGCCGUUGGUUAGCUUGCCUAAUUCUAGUGUUUUCUAUUCUGAUUGUCUUAUCUUAAUGUUGUGUAUUAGACUCUUAGAUCACUGGCUUAAAUUUAUUAUGUUAUUUGCUGAAUAAUUGCUAGAGUUCCUCAGUCUCAGCUUACGUUUUCUUACUGUUCUUAAACCUCUCUUGUUUUCAAUCUUGACAGGAUAUAUGAAAUCCUUGUAAGCAUAAGAGCCGCCUUCAAGCCUUCUAGAUGUCUUGUCAAGUUAUAUCUCUGCUGUUGUGGAAAGGGCUUUACUGUUGAGGAUUAACUUGUUUACUGUUGAGCAUUAACUACUUGUAGUUAUAUAAGCUCUAUGCGCCUUUGUGUUCCCCAAAUUCUUUAACAUUACGGGCAUUCUUUGGAUGCUACAGAUGGCUUGAUUCCUUGAUGAAUUUCAAUACUGUAAAUGUUUUGUUCUAGUUGAAGAGUGCAAUGUAAAUUUAAUGGUGAGCAUGGGAUUGAAAUGCGUUUCCCUCACACAUGUAUGUAGAAGGUGGAAAUGAAUUGAUGGAAAAUUAUUUAGCAGACUA